ACAUCACUUACACAACGGAGUCGGGGUGUGACUUCAAAAUCAUUCAAAUGGCGACACUUGAGAAGUGUGUGCAAGUUAUGAUGUCUAAAGACUUCAACGACAAUUACUUCCAAGAGUGUUUUGUUUUGGCGUAUCGUUUGGUGACAACACCAGACAAAUUAUUGGAAUUGCUUGGCGUCUUAUUUGACCCGAAUGUACCUGAAGGAAUGCAAUUCGCUCAAUUUGUGAAGGAAAUACUGUCGCCGCUGAGGCUGAAAAUCAUGAACUUUAUCAGAAUUUGGAUGAAAAACGCGUGGAAGGACUUUGAAGCGAAGGAUGAACUCAUCGACAAACUCCAACAAUUUCUGGACCGGUUCAACAGAUUUAAUGCAAAACUUGGAGCAGCUAUGACGCGGCAAUUGGAGCAUAGAAUUGCACAUGUGGACACCACUAAUGAGCCAAGUGGAGAUUUAACCGACCCUGUUGUGCUCGAAUCGAAUUCUAAAUUUGUGAAUGUCCUCCAAUUCCACCCUGCGGAAUUUGCACGACAAAUCACAUUACUUCAGAGCGAAAUGUUCAAACAAAUUCCAUACUUUGAAUUUCUUGGGAAUGGGUGGAUGAAGAAAGACAAAGAAACACUCACACCAAAUAUCAUGCGACUUGUCAGGUCAACACAGAAGUUGUUCCACUUUGUGCAAACAUCAAUUUUAAUCGACAACGACCCAAUAAAAAGAGUGAUUUUCUUACACUUCUUUAUACAUGCGGCGGAUGAAAUGAGGAAGAUUAAGAACUUUGAAGGGAUGAAGGCAGUUGUCUCUGCUAUUCAGUCUUCGCCCAUUUUCAGGCUUAAAGAUACUUGGGACUGUUUGACAAAUGAUGACAUUCAAGUGGAAAAGGGGUUGGAGUCACUUUGUGAUCAAGAGAAGAACUUCAGCAAACUACGGGAAGCAAUGAAGGUGGCUACACCACCAUCAAUUCCAUUUUUGGGGAGUACAAUGGGCGACUUAGUGUUCACUGAUGAUGGGAAUAAAAAGGGAGAUGAGGCAAAGUCUUUGAUCAAUUGGUUCAAAGUGAGAGGCAUCGGAAAUUUGAUCAAAGAGAUCAUGGUGAAACAGUCGUCGUUUUAUAACUUUAAAAAAUUGGACGAGUUUGUGAAAUACUACGACAAACCACCUAUUCUGGAUGAUCAGGAUCAGUUGUUUGAGUUGUCGCUGUCAUAUGAACAAAAGCGACCAGAAACCCUCACCAGCGACAUCGAGAAGAAAAUAUCGAAACUGAGAAAAGAGGGUCAUGCUGCUAUAAAGAAGUAUGUCAAGUUUUACUCGAAGUAG